AUGGGGCUACAGGAGCUGAGCUUCAUCAUCCUUGACCCCUCCACAUCACUCACCAAGGCUCUGACGUCUGCGCUAGAUGAGCACGUUCCAGAUUCUAUGCGGGAUAGAAUAUCUGUGGUAAAUAAGAAGCUCUCCGAUCUCGAACCUCCCCAGUCCCACUUCGACUGUAUAGUAUCUCCCGCUAACUCAUAUGGACGUCUCGAUGGCGGGUUUGAUCUCGUUAUCUCAAGAGCACUAGCACCGAAGGACGAUAUCGACGCCAUCACAAGAAUCGCACAAUCCGUUCUGUACUCUCGAUGGAAAGGAUAUGCGCCACCAGGAACUUGCACCAUGGUCCCUCUGCAAGCCACCGUCUGCGAGAAUAAUCCCCACAAAUGUGCUUACAUCGCCCUCGUUCCUACCAUGCGCGUCCCCGAAGAGGUGACGUGGAACAGGGAGAUUGUGUACAAUUGCGUCUGGUCGCUGCUGAAUGCGUUGACACAUCACAACGAGUCCGCUGAGGAAGGUGCCGAUAAGAUCUCGACGGUGCUCAUGACGGGGUUGGGGACGGGUGUAGGCUAUAUAUCGCCUGAGGUCUUUGGGAAGCAAACAGCCUUGGCGUUCAAGCACUUCCUAGACUCUGAAGCUCACCCGGAUAAAUGGAGUUCGCUCCAGUGGCGCGAUGCGGAUGCCUAUUCGCGCGAGGUGGCGGAGACAUACAGGCAGCCAGAAAAGAAAGCAAGAUGGUUCUCCGGAUUUCAAAAGUAG